CUAAGAAGGCUGGCUCUCUCUCUCUCUCUCUCUUUCUUUCUCUCUUUCUCUCUCUAAGAGGAAGAAGAAGCCGAGUGAAGACAAGGUCGAAGGAAGUCAGAGUCCACAAAUUAAGCAGCCGCUCACUCACACAGAAGAGAAGCCCAACAUAGUUAUUUGAUUCGAUCUCCUUCUUCCUUAUUAUAAAAGACCUCUUCUUCUCUCUCUUUCUCUCUCUCUCUCUCUAUUCAAUAGCCUUCUUCUUCUUCUUCUCUCUCUCUCUGUUGGAUCUUCUUCUUAGGCUGUGAAGUGUUAAUCAAUUAUGGCGAAGGGAACAGUGAAAACCCAGAAGGAUCCUUCAAAUAAUAACACUACUUCUGCAACUAAAGUGAAGAGAAGAAGGAAGAGUGGCCCAAGAGAGUCACCUCCUCAAAGAAGCUCAAGCUUUCGAGGUGUCACCAGGCAUAGAUGGACUGGUAGAUAUGAAGCUCAUUUAUGGGAUAAGAAUAGUUGGAAUGAUUCUCAAACCAAGAAAGGAAGACAAGUCUAUCUUGGGGCUUAUGAUGAUGAAGAAGCAGCAGCACGGGCAUAUGAUUUGGCAGCAUUGAAGUAUUGGGGACAAGAUACCAUACUUAACUUUCCGUUAUUGGCAUAUCAAGAAGAGAUUAAAGAGAUGGAGGGCUUGUCUAGAGAAGAGUAUAUUGGAUCAUUGAGAAGGAAAAGUAGUGGAUUUUCUAGAGGUGUAUCAAAAUAUAGAGGUGUUGCAAGACAUCACCACAAUGGCCGAUGGGAAGCUAGGAUUGGUAGAGUUUUUGGCAACAAAUACCUCUAUCUUGGAACAUAUGCCACCCAAGAAGAAGCAGCUGCCGCAUACGAUAUGGCAGCGAUCGAAUAUCGUGGGCUCAACGCCGUUACCAACUUUGACCUAAGCCGUUACGUCAAAUAUCUUAAGCCAGAGGCUAUUGACCAAAACACCACCAGGUCCACCACCAACAACAACUCAUCUCCUGUGGACCCCACCAAUCCCCCUAAUUAUAAUCCCAACCCAAAUCACAGCCCUAAUGAACAAGAAGUCUUAACUUUCCUGCACCAAGAAAGCCCCACCGGAGCAGCCGUUGCCGGUGGUGAAACCGUCGUGACUCCGCCACCUCCUGCGGAUAGUGGUGGCACUGCUAACGAUUAUUUUGACAUAGGGGAUCUAUUGCUGGAGAGUACAUCGACGGCCGAAAGCCCUUCGACGACGCAGGAAUCGGACCCUCCACGGUGUACCUUCCCGGACGACGUACAGACUUACUUUGAUUAUCAAGAUUCCGGCAGUUUUGGGUUCACCGACGAUGAUAUGUUCUUUGGGGUUGAUCUGAGCUCUUUUGUGUCACAAUUUGUAGAGACUGAGAUGGGCGGUGGAGAUAAUAUCUUUAGGUGAAAGAAAGAAAGUAAAUAUUUUGUGGUUAGUCACUUGGUUGUUUCCAUUACAUAUUCUUUGUAAAAAAGGAAGGGUGUGGUACCAUAAUAAUCUGGAGUAGUAUUUCAGGGAGGAUACAGAGUUGGGGGAAAGAAGAAUUCUUUUUCCUUUCAAUAAGACAUAUCUUAGCUCUGUAAGAUCUUCAAUUCUCAAUGAAAGUUGUUUAUCAAAA